AAUCUAUUUAUUCGCUUUCCAUCUCCGCUGAGUUGGGGGCACUUGGCAGUUGGCAAGCGCGCGUCACCUACUCAGCAGCCUGAGCCGCCGAGGGAGAAGACGACGACGACCACCACCACCACCACCAUGGAGGCCGCGGCGGCGAGGCCCGUCAUCCGCGUCGCCGCCAUCUGCGGCUCCCUCCGCAAGGCCUCCUACAACGGCGGCCUCCUCCGCGCCGCCGCGGGGGUGUGCGAGGAGUCCAUCCCGGGCCUGCGCGUCGACCACGUCGACAUCUCCGGCCUGCCGCUGCUCAACACCGACCUCGAGACCGCCGAUGGCGGAUUCCCUCCCGCCGUCGAGGCCUUCCGCGACAAGGUCCGCCAGGCCGACUGCUUCCUCUUCGGAUCCCCCGAGUACAACUACUCCAUCGCAACCCCACUGAAGAAUGCACUUGAUUGGGCUUCUAGAGGGCAAAAUUGCUGGGCAGACAAACCUGCUGCAAUUGUCAGUGCAGGAGGUGGCUUUGGAGGGGGUAGAUCACAGUACCAUCUUCGUCAGGUCGGGGUAUUUUUAGAUCUUCACUUCAUCAACAAGCCAGAACUAGCCGUAAAAGCAUUUGAGCAGCCUCCAAAGUUUGACAGUGAUGGUAAUUUGAUUGAUGCGCAAAUCAGAGAACGGAUCAAGCAAGUUCUCUUAUCCCUUCAGGCUUUCACACUCAGGCUCCAAAAGAAAGAUUGAACCAGUGAAGUGAUACAUAAUCUUGUUAAUCUGCAUUUCUGAAGCAUGGCUCCUUGGAUAUUACAUAUUACAGCCUAUUUGAUGGUAUUUUACUUUCAAUCAAGCAAUGUGUCGUGGAAAAACCGAAAAUUGUAAUAAACGCUUGUGGAAUUGUUUCCCCUGUUCAUUUGAAGGUUUAAUGUUUUGGUCACAUCUAUACAAAAUAUAUUAAUAAAGAUUUAUAUUUUACCCGUUCC